UUCCUCUUUCUCACCUCGGGAGUCUCAGUUUCAAGACUUGAACUUGGGACCCACUGCUGCCCUCAGCUCCUAGUGCGGGGCAAGAGUGAGUGCUGAAGGCAGAUCCUGGGCGCGAGAGGGCGGCAAUCAGCGCGCUGGGCAUGAACCUGGAGGGUGGUGGCAGCCGAGGUGGAGAGUUCGGCAUGAGCUCUGUGAGCUGCGGCAACGGGAAGCUCCGCCAGUGGCUGAUCGACCAGAUCGACAGCGGCAAGUACCCUGGGCUGGUGUGGGAGAACGAGGAGAAGAGCAUCUUCCGCAUCCCCUGGAAGCACGCGGGCAAGCAGGACUACAACCGCGAGGAGGACGCAGCCCUCUUCAAGGCUUGGGCACUAUUUAAAGGGAAAUUCAGAGAAGGCAUUGACAAGCCAGACCCUCCUACGUGGAAGACACGUUUGCGAUGUGCUUUGAACAAGAGCAAUGAUUUUGAGGAGCUGGUUGAGAGAAGCCAGCUGGACAUCUCAGACCCCUACAAAGUGUACAGGAUUGUUCCUGAGGGAGCCAAAAAAGGAGCAAAGCAGCUCACCCUAGAGGACCCACAGAUGACCAUGAGCCACCCCUAUACCAUGACGACGACUUACACCUCACUCCCAGCUCAGCAGGUUCAUAACUAUAUGAUGCCACCCCACGACCGAACCUGGAGGGAGUAUGUCCCUGACCAGCCCCACCCUGAAAUCUCCUAUCAAUGUCCUGUGACGUUUGGACCCCGAAGUCACCACUGGCAAGGCCCAGCUUGUGAAAAUGGUUGCCAGGUGACAGGAACCUUUUAUGCUUGUGCCCCGCCUGAGUCCCAGGCCUCUGGAAUCCCCAUAGAGCCAAGCAUAAGGUCUGCCGAAGCCUUGGCCCUCUCAGACUGCCGCCUCCACAUCUGCUUGUAUUACCGGGAAAUCCUAGUGAAAGAGUUGACCACGGCCAGCCCUGAAGGUUGUCGGAUCUCCCAUGGACACACCUAUGAUGCCAGUAACCUGGACCAGGUCCUCUUCCCCUACCCAGAUGACAAUGGUCAGAGGAAAAAUAUCGAGAAACUGCUGAGCCACCUAGAAAGGGGUGUGGUCCUCUGGAUGGCCCCCGAUGGGCUUUAUGCCAAAAGACUGUGCCAGAGUAGAAUCUACUGGGAUGGACCCUUGGCACUGUGCAGUGACCGGCCCAACAAACUGGAGAGAGACCAGACCUGCAAGCUAUUUGACACACAGCAGUUUUUAUCAGAGUUGCAAGCCUUUGCUCAUCAUGGCCGACCCCUGCCAAGAUUCCAGGUAACGCUGUGCUUCGGGGAGGAGUUUCCAGAUCCCCAGAGGCAAAGGAAACUCAUCACUGCUCAUGUUGAACCUCUACUAGCCAGACAACUAUAUUAUUUUGCUCAGCAAAACAGUGGACAUUUCCUAAGGAGCUAUGAUUUGCCUGAACACAUUAGCAGUCCUGAGGAUUAUCACAGAUCUAUUCGCCACUCUUCUAUUCAAGAAUGAAAAUGUCAAGUGAUUUUGUUUCAUUGUAAAUAUCUGACUUUAACAACAACAGCGGAUUGAACCCUCCUCUUUUUAUUCUGAUAAACUUGGGAAUUGGAGCUUCAGUUCAACACUUAAGGAGAAUCUCAGCAGGAAUGUGUAUAGAAAAUGAGCUCCAUCUAAUGCACAGAUGAGCUUUUUCCAAAAGGAAGAACAGUCUUUAAGGUCUUCUAUAGAUUGUCAUCAUUGAUGAUAACUGUGAAAUUUAACCAAAGGUUGUGUUUACAUUUGCUUAAACGCUGUCUUUUAUUUGAUAUGGAUAAUUUCUCUCUGGAAGACUGAGAAAACUUGUAUUUCAGUAUUGACCACUAAUUAGAGUGAUGAAAGCAGUUAAGUAUUGUACUGUUUCUCAGGGAAGUAAAAUCUCCAUUUGAGGCUACUCUGCCCGCAAAAGAAAGGUAUUAACACAUGUAGGAGAUGUUGUUGUUGUAGAAAAUGCUUGCUUAUAGAAGGAAACAAAAUAUUCAACUGAAGUUGGGCCACAGUGCUUCCAGCUUUGGGGUGGCUCAUCUCACCUCCUUGCCUGGAUCUCACCCUAGGGUAGGCUCCUAAGCCCUGCCUUUCACUGCCCUGUUUGCUUUCCCUCUUGGGGUGCUCUUGGAAGCCAUUUGGUAAGCUUUAUUGCUAUUUUCCUGAGCCAAAAAGCAUUAGGGCUACCAUUGAGUAGUAAUUUUUUUUCAAUCUGGAUAAAAUUGCUACAAUAUAUUACAUGAGUUUUGGAGCUUUAGGUGUACAACAUUGUAAUAUGACAUCUGCAUGCACUACAAAGUGAAUGAUCACCCCCAAAAGUCUAAUUACCAUCUUUCAUCAUGCUAUUGAACCCCAUCACCAAUUUCACUUGCCCCCAACCCCUUUCCUUUCUGGUAUCAACCAAUCUGUUCUCUGUGUCUAGAAAUUUGUUUUGUUUGGUUUUGUUUGUUUUGUUUUCAGAUUUCACAUAUGAAUGAAUUGAUAUGGUAUAUGUUGUUUUCUGACUUAUUUCACUUAGCAUGAUAUCCUCAGGGUUCAUCCAUGUUAUCAUCAAUAGUAUGAUUUCAUCUUUUUUAUGGCAAAUAAUAUUUCCUUGUAUAUGCAACACCUUCUUUAUCCAUUCAUUUACUGAUGGAUACUUAGGUUGUUUCCAUGUCUUGGCAGUUGUAAAUAAUGCUGCAGUGAACAUAGGGAGCAUGUAUCUUUUCAAAUUAGUGUUUUCAUAUUCUUCAGAUAAAUACGUAGAAGUGGAUUUGCUCAGUUAUGUGGUAGUUUUACUCUUAAUUUUAUGAGGAAUCUUCAUACUGUUUUCCAUAUUGGCUGCACCAAUUUACAUUCCCA